AUGGGCUCCCCCGAAAUGGUCGACGAGUCUCAGCAGCCCGCUGAAAACAUGGUCAUGAACUCCAAGAGCGCACAGGAUGACAAUGGCCUUCACACACCCGGUCCAGCUGGCGUUCGCCAGGAGAACGACGCUUCUGCCAGAGGUGAUGAGCACACUGUAGGCUUAGCUGUCAGACAGUUCAGACGCCCUGGGGUCGAAGGACACGUCGAACGUGCUGGUCUUCCAGUUGCCGAUGCUCACAAUGAUGCCAAUGAGAGCCUCAAUCCUGCAUCCCAACUCGAGGGCGCAACAUACCCACCUCAUCCACAACCUUCUCUCCCUCCACCCCCGUCCCUUUACGGACGCCUCAUCUACGACGGGAAACAAGCAGCACAGCAGGAGCCUCAACAUCAGCAAGCGCAGCAACAGCAACAAGGACCCCAACCGUCCGACCCAUCAACAUCCACGAUGCCUCGCCGCACCACCAAGAAGAAGCAGAAGAAGCCGAGCCAGAACCACGCUCGUGUGGCCCAGACAGCCUCCUAUGCACCGAAGCCGUCCGAGAGAGCUAACAAGAGUGACCUUAUGGACCGCCACCAGCGCGCCAUGGCACAGAUCCUGACGCGCUUCCGCAACAUGGUCAUGGCAGCCACGGAGCCCCUGCCGCGGACCGCCAUCAUCGAGCACGCCGUGCUGAACCGCAUGACGAUGGAGACGGAGACGCGCGCUUUGAUCACCGAAGUCGAAGGCCUCCUGAGCCUCACGCGCGAGAUCAAAGUCCUCUGGAUGCGCGGCUCGCUGCGCCAGCCCGGCGAGGACGACAGCCGCGAGGCCGAGAUCGACCAGAAGGCCUUCGCGGUCCAGGAGCUGUACCGCCAGCUUAUGGUUAUGAAGAACCGGUCCUCGGAGAUGAAGAAGGACGACGACGAUGCGAAGAAGAAGCAGCAGGGCGGUCAGGAGCAGGAGCAGCAGGGUAACGGCGGCGGAAAUACUGCUUAG